CGAGGGUUUGCUACGAAGCAAAUCUCUUCUGCCCGCCUGCGAAGCGUGGUCGUCGGCCAAGAAGAAGGUGAGGCUCCCGCCGCUGCCUCCCGCACACACGGCGGAGCGAAGGAUCCAGACCGGGAUUGCCAAGGAGCCCACGUGAAGGAGGAGGCGGAGCGGCGGGCGGCUCUUGCCGGCCAAUCAUUGCAGCCUCGACGGGACCGGGCUGCGCGGCGCAGGCUCCGCAGUGUGGGGAGUCAGAACACAGCGGGCCCCGCGUCCUGCCGGCUGGAGCCCAUCAAGGUCGUCUCCUCGCAGCGCCUGCCUGCUGCCCGGCCGGCGGCCAAGGAGGCGUAUGGCGCCCGGCAGCCCCCUGUCCGCCCUGCUGCUGCUGCUGCUCCCCCCGCCAGGCCUGGCCGAGCCCGAGACCACCAUCGACGGGCGGGCGCUGUCGUUCAGCAGCCUGCAGGAGGCGGAGAGACGGGCCUUCACCUGCCUUUCCGCGGCGCCCAGCCUGGCCUGGUACCUCAACGGCGAGCGGCAGGAGACCAGCGGUUCCGGUAGGUUCCUGGCCACGGGCGACGGCGGCAGUGGCAGUGGCAACGGCGGCGCCUUCGAGGAGAGCAGCAGCAGCACCUUCGUGGUGACAGCGCGGCGCCUGGAUCGCCAGCUCAACUGCUCCGCCACCGACCCGGCCACGGGUCACGUCUCCAACGCCUCCGUGCUCCUCAACGUGCAGUUUAAACCAGAAAUCGUGAAGAUGGAUGCCCAUUAUGAAGAGGCGAGGGAGCCGGGCCUCCUCCUGGUGCUCUUUGUGUUGGUCCAAGCCAACCCCCCUGCCAACAUCACUUGGGUGGACCAGGAUGGGCAGGUGAUGGUGAACACCUCCAACUUCCUCAUUGUGGACACCAAAACCUACCCCUGGCUCACCAACCACACCGUGCAAGUUCAGCUCAGCAGCCGUGCCCAGAACUUCUCCUUCAGCGCCUCCAAUGAUGUGGGCAUCAUCAACUCCUCUAUUCCGCUGCCCGGUUUCCUGGACACCCGCAUUGAGCUCUCCCUUCUGGUGCUUGUGGUGGGGUGUGUGGCGGCCCUGGCAACUGUCCUAGCCCUUGGUGGUCUCAUCAGCUGUGCCAUCUACCGGCAGGGCAAGAAGGCGGCAGGACUUGCCCCACCAGCGCCGCUGCCUCUGAGUGACUCCAACAACCUGAGGCCAAUGGCUGCACGGCUUCCCCGGGCAAAUAUGUCACUCCCUUCCAACCUACAGCUCAACGACCUCACCCCCGAGACCAAAGCCAAGGUCAGGAUGGAAGGAGCUGCAGUGGAACAGGAGGAAGAGGGCCGCUCUGAGCCAGAGAACAACUUCGCCCUUGUAGAAAGAGGUUUUGGCCGAUACCCUAUGGUUGGAUACAUCUACAGAGCUUCCAGCAUGAGCAGUGAUGAGAUCUGGCUGUGACGGCUGUUGCUGCACCCACCAGCAGGCGUGAAGAGCAGCAGCGGAAGUCCUGAGGAGGCGGACUUCCAAGGCAGCUUGAACUGCAGGGAUGGGGCCUUGCACCUCUAAAGCAAGAUCCCAUGUGUGGGGCCCCAGUGCCUGAAAGGAGGAUAUUGAUGACUGUGGUCCAAGGAAGACCUGCAGCUGCCAAGGGCUGCCCCCACCCCACCCCAAGCUGCAGUACAUCUCUAGGCCCACCAAGUGACUAGUGUUCCCCUGAAGAACGUCCCUCCCACUAUAGCCAUCGGUUGGCCCACUCCUUCCUCUUCCCAACCUCAGGGAUGGCUCAAUCUGCAUGUGAUGGCUCUUCCUUGGCAUGAAGGGGGCCAGCCAGGCCACCGGGAAACUGGCAAGCCCCGGCGCUGCUGCUGCUGCUGUCAACUGAGCUGAAGCAUGCUGCUUUAUAGCUUCUGCACUUUACAAAUAAAUGCCUGUGAUCAAA